CGGAGCGAUGGAGGAAGAGGGCGGGACGGCACCACCAGUAGGCGUGGUCUCCUUCCAGAUCCAGAUUGGACUGAGCCGAGAACCGGUUCUACUGGAUUCUGGAGACCUGAGUCUGAGUCAAGUCCGAGAGGUGGCCUGCUCCAUCAUCGACCAGAAGCUCCCAGAGUGUGGGUUCUAUGGGAUGUACGAGAAGAUCCUUUUGUUCCGUCAUGACUCAUCUUCGGAGAACGUUCUGCAGCUGCUGCGCUCGGCCAGUCAGAUCCAAGAUGGCGACCUGGUGGAGGUGAUACUGUCAGCUUCGGCCACAGUAGAAGACUUCCAGAUCCGUCCUCACUGUCUCUUCGUUCACUCGUACAGAGCUCCGGCGUUCUGUGAUCACUGUGGAGAGAUGCUGUGGGGGCUGGUCAGACAGGGGCUCAAGUGUGAAGGUUGCGGGUUGAAUUACCACAAGCGCUGUGCCUUUAAGAUCCCCAACAACUGCAGCGGCGUGCGUAGACGUCGUGGGUCAAACGUGUCCUUGGGCGGGGGUCUGGGUGGGGGUCUGGGUGGACUAGGUCUUGGACUUGGUCUUGGGACUUUGGGGAACCGACCUCUUUCUGCUGAACCGUCUCCUCCGCACUACUCUGACGACGCUCUGCUGUCUCCAGUCAGCCCCAACAUGGAGAAGUCCCAGUUGGACUUCCUCCCUGGCCGUGAGCGUAGGUCUAGUUCUCAGUCGUACAUCGGGCGUCCCAUCGAACUGGACAAAAUGCUCCACAGAAUCAAAGUCCCUCACACCUUCCUCAUCCACUCCUACACGAGGCCCACGGUCUGCCAGGUCUGCAAGAAGCUGCUCAAGGGCAUCUUCAGACAGGGACUACAGUGUAAAGACUGCAGAUACAACUGCCACAAACGGUGCGCCACCAAAGUCCCCAACAACUGUCUGGGAGAAGUGUCCAGGAAUGGAGAACUGCUGAGUCCGGGGGCGGACUCAGACGACCACGAUGGCGGCAGGAGAGCGAGUCUAUUGGACGACAUGGAGGAAGUGAUGUCAUCAGAGGGUGCCCUUCUGCUGGAGACUGGGGCCAGUGACGAUCUGGAUCUGGAUGAGUCCAACCGAGCCAUCAGCCCCACAACGAGUAACAACAUUCCCCUGAUGAGAGUGGUCCAGUCAGUCAAACACACAAAGAGGAAGAGUAGCAACGUGAUGAAGGAGGGCUGGAUGGUGCACUACACAAGCAAGGAUACACUGAGGAAGAGACACUACUGGCGCCUGGACAGUAAAUGCAUCACUCUGUUCCAGAACGACACCAGCAGCAAAUACUAUAAGGAGAUCCCUUUGUCUGAGAUCUUGACCCUGGAGCCCGCUCAGACCUUCUCGCUCCUCCCUGAUGGUGCGAAUCCUCACUGCUUUGAGAUCUCCACCACAGCUCUGGUUUAUUAUGUGGGAGAAAACCUGUCCCGAUCGGAGUGUGGGCUGAGCGGGAGCAGUCUGCUGGUGAGUGGAGUCGGGCAGGACGUGGCUCGUAUGUGGGAGAUGGCCAUUCAGCACGCUUUGAUGCCAGCGGUGUCUACAGGCAUCUCCCAUAGCAACCACCAACACACGGAGGUGUCCAUCAGCAUCUCUGUGUCCAAUUGUCAGAUUCAGGAGAAUGUGGACAUAAACUCAGUGUACCAGAUCUUCCCAGACGAGGUUUUGGGCUCUGGACAGUUUGGCAUUGUCUACGGAGGGAAGCACAGGAAAUCAGGAAGAGACGUGGCCAUCAAAAUCAUCGACAAAAUGAGAUUUCCAACGAAACAAGAGUCACAGCUGCGGAAUGAGGUCGCCAUUUUACAGAGCCUGCACCAUCCGGGCGUGGUGAACCUGGACUGCAUGUUUGAGACCCCAGAGCGCGUCUUUGUGGUGAUGGAGAAACUUCAUGGAGACAUGUUGGAGAUGAUUCUGUCGAGUGAAAAAGGACGACUCCCUGAACGCAUCACCAAAUUCCUCGUCACACAGAUCCUUGUGGCUUUGAGGCACCUCCACUUUAAGAACAUUGUCCACUGUGACCUGAAGCCGGAGAACGUGCUGCUGGCCUCCGCUGACCCCUUCCCCCAGGUGAAGCUCUGCGACUUCGGCUUCGCUCGAAUCAUUGGAGAGAAGUCAUUUAGGCGCUCUGUCGUAGGUACUCCCGCCUACCUGGCCCCCGAGGUACUCCGCAACAAAGGAUACAACCGCUCCCUCGAUAUGUGGAGCGUAGGAGUCAUAGUAUAUGUCAGCCUGAGUGGAACAUUUCCCUUUAAUGAAGACGAGGACAUCAACGACCAGAUCCAGAACGCCGCCUUCAUGUACCCCCCACAACCCUGGAAGAAGGUCUCCCAAGAAGCCAUCGACCUGAUCUCAAACCUCCUGCAGGUGAAGAUGAGGAAGAGGUACAGCGUCGACAAGACCCUCAGCCACCCAUGGCUCCAGGAUUACCAGAUGUGGUUGGACCUGCGGGGUCUAGAGAUGCGUAUGAACGAGCGCUACAUCACCCACGAGAGCGACGACAUGCGCUGGCUGCAUCACGCACAGCUCAACGGUCUCCACGGCGACGGGCGGGGUGGAGGCAGUCUCUACGGCGACGGCACCGAGCGGUACCCGGAGGUGGACGAGGAGCUGGAGACGCUGAGCGAAAAAGUCAGCGAACUGUGACGCUAAUGCUAAUGCUAACACUUACGAUUGUGAGAGAUUUAGUUUUAUUUUAUUUAAAAGUAGCAUUUAGAGUUUUAGGUUUUUAACUGUAUAAGUCACUCAAGGUA